AGAAACUACCGCGGUCGACCUAAAGUAAAUAAAAAAAAACUUUAACAAUAAAAAGUGUUAAAGCAAGUGCCAUAAAAUCUUUAAGAUUAUUGAAAUAAAAAACUUAAAAGAAAAACUCCAAAAAUUCUAAAACAGCAAGCUCUAGCAUUUCAUUGAAAACGACGUAAUUCGGGAAGCUUCAGUGAAAGACAAAAACAGAGCAAAUACAAAACGCCUUCAUUACAAAUUCACUACGGUCCCGGCAAUGGCCCAUAGCGGAAGUUGGUCUAGUGGCAGCGGUAGUGGCUCGUCAACAUCUCAAAGUAGGGGCCUGUCGACGGCACCACCUCAAGAAGAACGUCUAUUGGUCGCUGUCCGUGUACGACCUUCCUUUGAGAAUGGUGAGCGAUGUGUUGAAGUUAUAUCACCAUCUUCACUGCUCUUUGAUGACGGUGGCCGGGGUAAGGCAAGAAAAUAUUCAUAUGACUAUGUCUUCAAGGAAUCCGAUACGCAGGAAAUGGUUUACAAAGCCACCACUGCACCUUUGGUAAAUGACGUCCUUAAAGGAUAUAAUGCAGCAGUUUUUGCAUAUGGCGCUACAGGUUCAGGUAAGACACACACCAUGCUUGGACCAAGUCGAAAAAAGGGCUCACCACCAUCAGAUAGAGAUGGACCGGGUAGUGAAAGUGGUCUUAUGGUAAGAGCCAUUGAGGAAAUAUUCAAGCAUGUUGAAAUGUCCGAAGAACCCAAUUCGUGUAAGGUUUCCAUAUCGUAUUUGGAAAUAUACAACGAAUUAAUACGCGACCUUCUAAGUCCAGGUGGGCCAUUGGAGUUAAGAGAAGAUAAUCGUGGUCAACGCAUAACUGUAGCGGGUCUUUCGGAAAUCACCACCUCUAGUCGCAAAGAAGUUGUCUCUCUCCUGUUAAAAGGUAACAAAGCCCGCACUAUGGAACCUACGGCAGCCAAUCAAACCUCAUCGCGUAGCCAUGCCCUGCUCAGUAUAACCGUACAGACCAAAACACCUUUGGGUACCAAACAAGGUCGCCUGUUUCUAACAGAUUUGGCCGGCUCGGAAAGGGCUAAGAAAACAAAGAAUCGUGGCAAACGUUUGCAGGAGGGAGCUCAUAUAAAUCGUUCUCUGCUGGCUUUGGGCAACUGCAUUAAUGCCCUGUCCGGAGGAGCCAGAUAUGUGAAUUAUCGAGACUCCAAACUAACCCGUUUACUUAAGGAAGCCCUCAGUGGCCGUUGCAAGACCGUGAUGAUAGCCCACAUUGCUCCCGAGAGCAAACAUCGAGAUGAGACCAAAAACACCCUGGUCUAUGCCGAUCGAGCCAAUAGCAUAACAACACGUUUGCAAAAUUCCGUUUAUGUUGAUGAAAUGCAAAACUUUCCCACCAAGCACUAUCAGCAUUUGGUUUUCGAAUUAAGGGAAGAAGUUUCACGUUUGCGCAAUAAAAUGCUUACAGAUCGUCCUCGCAGUGGAGUUGCUGCUGCCGCUGCAGCUACUUUGGCCCAACAACAAGCCAUCAGUGCCGAUGAUGAUGAGAAACGCAAAACUGAGCUGAGAUAUUUGCGAGAGCAAAUAGUUUUGACUUUCAAACAGCAGAUGAAAUUGCGUCGUAAACUUUUGGAAGCCGAAUCACAUCUACUGGGUUUGGAAUUGGACGCCGAGCGACAACAUAUGAUAAUAUCACAUUGGCAGGGGCGUCUUGGUAAACUCUAUGAUACGCCCAGUGAUGAUGAUCUAGAAUCGGAAGGUUCAGUUGCCUUGAAAAAUGCCUGGGGUGAAUUAUCGGCCAUCGAAAAGGAGACACGACGAUAUAAAGAAAUACGCGAAAGAACCGAACAGGAACUGGAACUAUGUCGUCAAAAAGGUGUACAAUUGGAAGAUGAAUUACCGGAACGUAUAAGCAGCGAUGAGGAACGUGAACUAUUGGCUCUGCUUUGUAGAGUACAUGAGUUGGAAGCUGACAAAGUAUCAUUGCAAGCAGAGCGCCUAGCCAGGCAAGCGGAAUUAAGAAGAAGAGAUUUACAGCUUUUAAGAGCCGAAAGGCAGAGGAGGCUAUGUGAAGAUAUUAUCAGUUCCCAAAGACGUUUAAUUGAAGAGGGUAAUGUUGAAUUACCCGAUGAGCUGCGAGAGCUCUAUGGUCUUUACCAACAGGAAAUUCAUGCUGGAACGGUUACAGCAACAGCGGCGUAUGAAAGAAAACUACCGCCAAUUUAUACAGCUGGUUCGGAUUCACCCUGCUCAAGUUCCGGUUCAGAAUGGUCACCUUCAUCACCCCUCCCCCCCAUCGAAGGCGGUCAAUUCACUUCUUUAUCUAUGGAUAAUUUAACCCUACAGGAAAAUCCAGAUCGGCAUAUGGGUCCUGCGGUCAAUUCUCGUCUACCCAAAUUGGCUGCUACAGUGGGUGCUACAAAAAGGUUGAUGAAAAUGAAGAAAUAAUUUCCCAAAUGUUAGUUUAACAUGUAAAUACAUUUCGAAUGCAAAAUAUUGUUGGUACAUAUAUAUAGAGUAAAAAUUUAGAUUUUAAAAAAUUAUUUAUUAUCAAAGCUAUUGGCACUCAGGACCGAGCACUUAUUUUAAAGUAGUCAAACUUUUAUUUUUAAGGCAAAACAAAGCGAUGUGCUCUUGUAUCAAGCGAUUAUAAGGCUCAAGUUUGAAAAUCAAGAAGAAAUAAAGACCAAAAGUCAAAAA